UCCCCUGGCAUUAUCUGAAUUCGUCAAGCCCUGCGAUGAAUCAAAUCAGCACCUCUUUCUCACGCCCCAAUAUUGCCACACCGACCUCCACGUCGACACACUGACAGCGUAGCCACACUCAUCGGGCCCUGCGUCAAGCUCUGGGUGUGCUUUCCCCUAAGCCCUCGGAACCUCCCACGGAUGUCUUCCACCAACGGCCAAAGAGCCAAGCCCACCAAAAUCGGACCCAAAUUAGAAGGUGGCAUAAUCUUCACGACGACAUCGGACGAAACCAUUUACCUACCCGUUGGCUGUCUCCAUUCCGUCUUUACUCUCAUGGGCGGAUUCCUCGUCACAAUCGACUUCCACACCCCCAAGUCUUGUCGGAUAUUCGCUUCGCAGCUUUCAGCUGAUCUCGGUGGACCUGAACCUCCCUUCCAAGAUUAUAUCUUUCGCUCGCUUUUCGUUUCUAUCGGUUUGGCACUCAGCUAUAGCCAGGUGUUGGAGGGCAUCAAAGCUUGGAUUGAUGCGAUUAAACGAAUCAGAGAGUGGGUUGCUGGGAUUCCUGCUUGGGCGAAGGAGGCUUUGAAGGUGUGGGAUGAGUUCUUGGCCACGUUGGAGGGGAAGAAAGCGAGAUGUUCAUGUAGCGAGCAAACGCCGGAUGAGACGUUCAGGGUUCACUUGAAAAAGGCACAUUGGCGGGGAAAGGGUUUGAAAGCGGUGAAAAGAAAAGCAUAGGAUGAUAAUGAUGAUGGAUGGGAUAAAGGGAAAACUGGCAAGAUCGAAGAGAGCGAAGAGAUAAAUGUCUGGAGAAACGUGAUGCUACUGCAUGGCUAUUUGGGAAGGAUAUGAAAGAAUACAGGAGGGUCGAAGCAUCAUCGUGGAAUUCACAAUACGUUGUUCCGCUAUUUUCAAAGAAUCUUAUGGGGUCAAACACUGCCGGGUGUUCCGCACUCAUGACUUGG